AUGCACGCAGGGAGAGAGUGGACUUGUAGUCCUGCUGCAAUGCAUGCGUGGGAGGUAAGCUUUAUGUUGCCUGUUUGAAAACCUCUGCUAUAGCGUGAAUCGAUAACGAAAGUGGUCGAUUUGCGCUGUUUAUUAAUGCAUCAAGGUCAUAAACAGUGAUAUGUUUGCUGCAAGAACUGGUAUGUUUUUAUGUACUAUAUGAAACUCUAUUAAGGAAGUAGAAGUGUUGGCCAGAGGAGUAAUAUCCCGAGUCAAAUAAAGCACUCAGUACUUAAUAACUUCAUAUCACUGACUUAAUUUCCUAACCCUAACCCAAACAGAUGUUAUACUGUUUUUUGAUCGUCUAAACAAUCCGUCAUUAAGUUUUAAAAGGCAAGUUUACCUCCAUAGUUUGAGUUUCCUUGUCGUCAGCUGGCAAUUUCACGCAUGCGCAGAGUUGUUUGGUAGCUAAUAUCAUUGGGAAGCACUUUUCUGCUAAACACCAAACAUUACUUCGGGCCGGAAAGAUCGACACAAAACGGACUAAAACCAAGUGAAUAGUUGUAAGACAGCUUUUUAUUUACUCCUCCUCCUCCUUAGUAUUUUCAUUACACUUAUCUGUCAAUGUACUGGAUAUAUUUAAUUUACUGUCAUGUUGAUGAUAAAGUGAAAAUCUGUCGCUCAGUUUGGUGUUUUUUUUAUUUAACCAACUUUAUUGCAAUCAGUGACAAUAGCACAACCGUGUACUUUACGGCUGAAACAGAAACUAAGAGAAUAAAGUUGUAUUGUAAAUCUUCAUAAAGGGGCUUUAGUGAAAUAUCUAUGGUGGUCGAUAACCGCAACUGCUGCAAAUAAAAAAAGAAGCAACAACUGAAGUUACUGAUGAAAAAAAAGAAACCAAAGCCCGCUGCAAAAAAAAAGGAACGGUGCAGAUUUGAAAAAAAAAAGAGGCCACAAUGGAAGUUAACGACGCAAAAAAGUAGCGAUGCAAAAAAAAAAAAAAGUUACUGAUUGCGGAAAUAAAAGAAUGCAAAUCAGAAAAGCACCGCACUCGAUUCUCCUCUUUCGGGGCGCAGUGGGUUUCCCGUGUUAGCCAAAGCUAACACUACACCAGCAUCCUCCAGAUCAGCUUCAUAUCGACUCAGGCACAACAUGGCCAAACCAAGUGACACAUUGAAAAGUUUACGAAGCGAAAUUAAACAAUACUAACUUCUUUGCUCGUCUUCUCGCCAUCGUCUUCUGUGGCUAGAUCGUAAAACACCUGUGCAUCAUCAUUAUUGGUCCCCAGCAGCUCACUUUUGUUGUGGCUUUUUUUAUUUGCAUCCUUUUAUUUUCGCAGUAAGUAACUUAUUUAUUUAUUUUUUUGCAUCGGCACUUAUUUUUGCAUCAUUAACUUUGGUUGUGGCUUUUUUUAUUUGCACCCUUUUAUUUUCGCAUUAAGUAACCUUUUUUUUGCAUCGCCAUUUUUUUUGCGUUGUUAACUUCUGUUGUGGCUUUUUUAUUGCAUCCUCUUAUUUUCGCAGUGGUUACCUUUUUUUUUUUUUUGCAUUGCCUCUUUUUUUUGCGUCAUUAACUUCCGUUGUGGCUUUUUUUUAUUUUAUUUUAUUUUAUCUGCACUGUUUCUUUUUUAUUUUUAGUGGGUUUUGGUUUUCCUUUUUUUUGCAUUGGUAACUUCUGUUGUGGCUUCUUUUUUUUUUUUUGCAUACUUUUUUCAUUUGCAGCAGUGGUGGUUCUCGGCCACUGUAAAUACCAAAUUUUUUUACGCCACUAUUUUGAUAAGAAAAAAUAAGUAGUGCUGUAUGUUUUGUUGGUUUCUCGUCUCUUUGCUCAUUAAACCGAUAGUCCUGAUGCAAACACUAGCUUUGCAGACAUAAAAUAUGAAAUAUUUUCCAGUCUAUCAAGCUCUUUCUCCAUUAUUAAAACUAUUUGUCUCAUUAUUUAAUAUCCGUAAAACAUUCAACACAAAUUCAUACAAGGUCUCUUCAUAUUUACAGAGAUUUCAUGAUUUAUCAUUAAUGCGUUCAUGCUUGAUAAUUAUAUUGCAGCUCAAAAUCUAUUUUUUAACAUGUAUUUCUCCUCAGUCCCCAGAUUAUGAGCCGUCUCUCCCUGUGUCAGAGAAAUCCAAUCCCUUGACUCGUGACAUUGACCGUGCCUCGGCCAGUCAUAUUGUGCGGAUUUUACAGGCCACUGACGCCCAAAUGUUUCAGGAGGACACAGGAGCCACUUAUAAGGUACAUAUAUUUACAAAGAAUGGGAAGUCCUUUAAAGUUUCACCAUAUUCACAUGAUUACUUGUCUUUUUUUAGAGGCUUGUGAGUAAACAGGUGGUGGAAACAUUAAUGGAGGUUGCUGAAAAGGUGGAGCUCAUUCUCAAGGUAAGUUUUUAGUCAUUUUUCUGUCUGUAUAUCUGAUGUUUGAUCAGGCGUGUGUUAAGUCCUUGUUCUGUUUCUUCAAAGGAUCCACGGGACAGCCUAGUUGUACUGAGUGGUUGUGGGACUUCUGGUCGACUGGCUUUCCUCAUCACGGUAAAAGAUGUCCUGAAAUGCUCCCAGUGUGAUUGAGCCCAAGAAUAGACAAUGAUGUUAAAGAGCAAGGGAGGCUAAGUCAGGCCAUGCCAGGAUGAGGACACUUCAUCAAAUGAUCUUAUCAAAAUCUUAUUGUCUUUUAUGGAAAAAUGACUUCAUCUGUUGUGUGUUCUGCUUGUGUAUUUGUUGUUAGUCAGACUUCAACAAAGCCCUGAGGGAGUUGAACCAGAGUCCAGUGUAUCGGUACAUCAUAGCAGGAGGGGACAGGUUUGCUGGUCUUUUUUUAACUGAACAAAUAUAAAAUAUAUUACAUUGAGAUGUUUUCUAUUCUUGAUUAUACAGUGACUCUUUUUGCAGCAUGUAUUUGAAUUAUCUUUCUUUAUUCUCAUUUAGAGCUCUGCUGUCCUCCCAAGAAGCUCCAGAGGAUGACCCUGAACUGGGCGCGCUCAGUCUAAAGAAGGUCUGUUACAGUGUAGACAUUGUCAGAAGUGUAUAUGUGAGCUUUUUUUUAAACCAGACAUCUUUGUUUUGGUUCUCUGCAGGUCUGCGAGGGGAAAAAACAUGUCCUGUUCAUUGGUAUUUCCUGUGGAUUGUCUGUAAGUCGGUUGAAUUGGUUAGAAUUCGUUCCACAUAUUUGUAAGAAGCUUGCAAAUGUACAUUUACAGGGAUAUUCUAACGUAAAAUUAAGUUAGGGUCAAACACACUGUAACACUGAGUUAGACACCCCAUCGAGAGAUGAAUGUUGCCGACCACUUGCCUCUCUAGUUAUACUAACUUUAGUCAUGACUGCAGAUAGCAAUACAGAGAGCCACGCGCUAAACCAAAACGCCACUCUAUAGCCACAAAUAAUGCUCAGAACAGCACCUAACUUCAUCAACAGUACAUGUAGGAUCCCAGCUAUAGUACUAGCCAUCAAACAUCUUUUUAGCUUUCUCUAAACACAACUCACCAACUCUCUUCCAGCAACCACUUGUUUGGAUGGAGACCUCCUGACGAGUCCAUCAACUGCAGCGGGGUGACGCAGCUCAAGGAAGAACAUUUAUGAUCAUUUCUUUAUGGAAAUGCAAUCAGACCGAGACGCUAAGGCAGAAGAACUACCGUGUCUGCAAAAUGAUUAAUAUGGUAAUUAUUACUUAAAGGAAAUGAUAAAGUAAUAUCCAUAAAUGUUCUUCCUUGAGCUGUGUCACCCCGCUGUAGUCGAUGGACUGUUAGGUGCUGUUCUGAGCAUUAUUUGUGGCUAUAGAGUGGUGUUUUGGUUGGGCGCGUGGCUCUCUGUUUUGCUAUUUGUGGUCGUUACUAAAGCUGGUAUAACUAGAGACGCAAGUGGUUGUCAACAUACAUCUCUCGACGGGGUGUCUAACAGUGUGUUUGACCCUAACUUAAUUUUACACCUGUAUAUCCCUUUAAUGUCUGGUUGUGCAGGCUCCUUUUGUAGCAGGUCAGCUUGACUUCUGCAUGCAGCAUCUUGAGGUCUUCACUCCAGUAUUGGUUGGAUUCAAUCCCUCUCAUCAGGCAAGGUAAGCAGGCACUUCACCUCACUUUUGUUCCCUUAAAAUUCUCAUAUUAUGUGGUAUUAAAUGAAUGUCGAUUAUAAUCAGUUUUUAAGACCCCAAAUUAUAUAUUUAGGGAUGAUCCGAUGUCAGGCUGCACGUUUACCUUUCGAAGUUUGGUCCAAAGAAUGGAGGAGCUUUCCAAAAGUAAAAAGGCAUUCCUCAUCAACCCAGCAGUCGGGGUAUCUAGUAAUCUUUAUCUACUGAGAAAGCCGAGACAGCAGUUUUUCUCCUUUGUUCGCAAACGUCUGAGUCAGUGUGUCUGUCGUUUUCAGCCAGAAGCCGUCAGCGGCUCUUCGAGGAUGAAAGGAGGCAGCGCCACUAAGAUUCUCCUCGAGGUUGUCUUUUCUGCUGCUCAUGCUGCUGCAUUCACAAACUCGCCCAUCACAUUCAAGUAAGCGAACCAUAACUCACUGAAAAACUGUACAGAUCAUCUUGAGCUAUCAGAUUCAAUGAUCGUAUGGACCGCUUGUGUAUUGCUGCAGUAAAUGGAAUGAUAUAUUUUUUACACUGUAAAACGUCGAUGCUGUUGUAUAUUUACACCACCACAUCUAAUAAAUCACCGUAGACAUAUAAGAUAAUUCAGAUUGAUACAAAAAAAUUUUGCUCUUUCAAAAUACAAUACAGUUUAAUACGAGUUAUCAUAAUAUGAUACAGUAUGAUAUAAUACAAUAUGAUAAAAUAUGAUACAUAAUAUUUUGUUGUUAUAAGGCAACAGGAGAUUUAUGGCUAAAACCCACAGGAUCCGGAACGGCUCCGCUCUGCUCCAGCACAGCAAGCGGAUCAAACAGGCAAGCAUUAUAAUCAAUGUGUGUGAUACCGCACAACCCAUCCACCGUCCGACUCCGCUGCGGAUCGGCUCCGGCGGCCGGAUCAGCUAUGCGAGGCCUUUAUUUUUGCCAGACGCCGCAGCACGGCGCAUCAAUUCAGUGCAGCGCAGGACGAGUAGCAGUGGAAGUUGUAUGCAGCUACAGAGUAAAGUAUCUGGUUAAUUUUCAAAAUAAAAUAAAGUCAAUAUGUUGAACUGUUCUUAGCUUGAUAACAGAAGAGACCAGGGUUGUGGGAUUUCGGUGUUUAUAUACACCACUGUUUAUAUGCACCAAUCGGAUCUCACUCAAUGUUUUACGGGGAAACACGUGAGAUCUCAUGCAGUCUCACUAGAAGUAACGGUAAUCUCGCUAGCGCUUCUCCUCUGAUGGCGAAGGUGGAUCGGAUCCGGUGGCGCUGUAUGCUUGCAUAUUUGAUCCGUCCGCUGGUCUGGAGCGGAGUGGAGCCGUUCCCGAUCUAGUGGAAUCCUUGGGUUAAGGUCCUUACACACCAGGACCAACGCAAAUAUACAACACAAAAUUAUGAAAUAUUUGGAGGUGAAUUUUGACGCGCCUGACUAUACACAUCAAAACAUAAGGUAACAACCGAGACCUAAUGGUGCUGUAACAGCAACGCAAUUGAGUUUGAGACAGUGAAAAUACAUAUGGUAUGUUGUAUCUGAACAGGUUAGCUUACGAGCUAAAGUUACUUAGCACAGAUGAAAGUUAAAACAAAGACGUUUAGCAAACUGUUAAAGCACACAAACUAUCGUCAUGUGAGAAAUACGACGCUAUGACUCUCCACAAGUUGUCCGUCAGGUUGUUAUCUUUGUAAUAUUUGUGUCUUUUAUCAAAAAGCACUCUGUUCUCCGACACGUAAGCAAUCAGCCGGUCGGCCAUGUUGGAUAUACCAGUGAAUCUGACGUCGCAACAACUCAACUCAACUCAACUCAACUUUAUUUGUAGAGCACUUUAAAACAACCACAGCUGUACAAAGUGCUGUACAUAACUAGACAAAACAAGAUAAAAAACAAUCAAGACACAAUUAAAACAAUGGAUAACAUAAAAGCAGAAUUAAUAAUAAAAUAUAGCUUCAAUUGGUCAGAACUGGACACACAGUAUGCGAAACUUUAGAAAAAUGGACCGUGCUACGAAAAAAAUAAUGCCUCAAUAUCGCGGGACGGGAAAACGUCGCUGAUGUGAACGCUUGUAUUGACAGGAUACGGGUUCGAAAAAAAAUAGUGAUGUCUGAAAUAAUUGCACAAAAAAAACACUCCCGGUCUGUAAGGACCUUAAGUGUCAAUUAACACCACUUUCAUAAGCACAACAUAAAAUCAGCAACAAUAAAUAUUAUUAAUUUGUCCAUAGGGGGUGCCAAAACCAUCAAAGACAGAAAAUAACUCAUGGGAGCUUUAAAUAAUUAAAUAAAUACACACCUGAAAUGACUUGCUCUGUGACGCUGUGAAACAGUAUCAGACUAUAUGUUAGGAUAAUGAACUAGAGCUCUAAUAGAAAAAAAUAUCAUCCUGCUGCCUUGACAGCCUCAUACUUACCCUCUCAAACCAUUCAUAAUUCAUAAUUAGGAUUUAAAACCCACCGGUCUUGUUUGCUUUUGGAUAUCGUUAAAAUGCAUCAGUAUGAAUUUCAGUCCAUCGGCGCUUGUGAAAGUGGGUUUUUAACUCCAAAUUGUUGUUUUUAAACCAGCCAGCACUCAGAUAGUUCAACCAUUCAUUACACAUUUCGUACAAAUUGGCAAAAACGUUUUCAAAACCUUUCAGGCAAAGCAGAUUUUUUUUAGAUCCAAGGUUAUAUCUCCACUUUGGACAGCACUACUGCUGCCUUUACCAUGACCUGAGAUCACCUCGUAUCACCCAGAGGUACGGCUUCCUAAGUGCAUCUCUCUGUUGACAGCCACAAGCCUGCAGCUCGACUCUCUCUUACAGAAACUUGUGAAGUCUGCUGGACAUGCUUUUCACAUUACUUGUGAUCAGUGCACUUCAAAAUGUCAGUACCCUCCGGUCACAUGUAUCAGUGUGACUGCUCACUCUCUGGGUACAUGUGAAGGUUGUGUGGGUUCAUUUCAAACACUCCUGCAUUUGUGACGCCUAUAUUGUUCCAUCAUUGCAUUAAUGCCAAACCUUUACUCCAUCAUAUUAUCAAGGAUGUGCAUGAAUUUGACUUAAAACUGUCACAUCAUAUUAAAGCAUGUCACAUUGAUUUUCAUUGUGUGCUGCUGACCUCUAGAGGUGUUUGCAGAAAAAGGAUUUACUGUCAGUACAAUUGCACUGAUUAGUUGCAAAAAACAGCAAAAUUUAUAUAUUAAGAUUAGUUGUUUAGACACUUUCUUGUGUUUUAUUUUCAGAGGCAUCCAGGAGCAUGUGGACGCCUACAGGCAAUCUCUGGAUAUCACUUACUCCCAUACUGAGGGGAUCACUCCUCUGUUGGAGGCAGCUGGACAGAGGUAGGAGAGCCUUGAAUUUUGGUGUAAUAUUUCACAAUUACACUGCAGCAAAACUGACUUGAACAAAACGUUUUGAAGACCAGAAGUGAUUUUGUUCGUCGCAAACUGGGGAUGCAGUCGAGCUCGCGGCUGAAACCCACAAUAAUGGCAUUAGUUGUGGUGGAUUAGCAGCCCCCAGCAGUAGGAAACUCUAAUCUACAACACUGGCAGCCCACACAGAUCCAGACUGAUCCUCUUCCUGAAACAGACAGUGUUUCAUUGUGUUUGGUGAAGUGUUGAUUGCAUGUGUUUCAGUUUGCGACAUGGAAAGCGAGUGUGCUACUUGGGGUGGGGCUCUGUGGGUAUUUUGGGCCUCAUCGACGCCAGCGAGUGUAACCCCACAUUUGGAGCAGGUGAGAGCAGCGUGAUGCGCUCAUUAGCAGCAAAGGAUUGCAUCUUCAUUUGCAUCUUUGAAUAGAUUUUUUAAUCUUUAAUAAUCUGUAGCUUGUUAAAAAAUGCAGUAAAUUUGCACAAGACAUCUCCUUUGUAUGUGUAAGACUUUGAAGAUGUUCGAGGCUUCAUCAGCGGGGGAUACGGACAGCUGAACAACAAUGAGGGCCCCCUAUCUUCGCUGGUAUGUGAGGGAGAACAAUGAACACUUGACCAUGAAUAAUUGAAUCACGUAGGUAAUUAAAAAUAGCAAUCAACUGCUUGAUUGUGAAAGCUUCUAUUCUCCAGUCUUUAACAAUAAAAAAAGUGACACACUGCCUCUGAUUAAACAUUUCUCAGACUUUUUCUCUGCCAGUUCCAGCUGACUCAGAGCAUGAUUUCUUUUCCAGCUCGCUUUUGUGUCUGAAAUAAGUCUGGAAAUCCUGACAAAGCCUCACAAAUUAUGAAAACGACAGAAAUCCAGUAAAUCCAAUUAAAAUAAAAUCCCGCUUCAUUGGUACCCCCAUGUAAUGACACAUCUGCCUCUGCUGAAUCUCACUGGUUGUAUGACCCAGAACAGGAUUAGAAUGAAAUACAUCCCACUUUACCUGCUCUGGAUGUCAGUUUGCAAUUAAUCUGCUUUAGUAUUUUCAUCAUACUGCUGGGCAGUCUUAAUUCAGCCAAGGGAUGGGACUUAUAUGGAGCUUUAAAUACUUUUUAAUGUCUCCAUCACGAUUUUUUUUUUAUUUUCAGACAGAAGUGAACGACUUCUACUUAUUAAGAUAUGAAUAAAAUGACACUAAGGGAUGAUUGGAUGGUUUGUAGUGCCCACCAACAUACUAAAACCAAUGGAAUAAGUCCAAAGUGUGGCUACAGAACAACUUUAUAGAAAGUCCCAUUAGUUAAAAAUCAUUAUCUAGUGUUAAGUUCAACGUUAACAUCCGAAAGAUAAGAGUUUUUCUGGCUACCUGACUGCGUGAAACACAGUUACACCGUAAAACGUUUAGGGUCGCAAGAAUUAGGCGAAAGAAGUUCAGCCAUUUGUAUAAUGUUCAAAUGUCAGGUCCUGGGAAAAAAAAAAAAAAAGUAAAUAAUAAAAAUAAAUAAUAAUAAUAAUAAUAUUAAUAAUAAUAAUAAUAAUAAUGAUAAUAAUAAUAAGAAUAAAAUAAUGAUAAUGAUAAGAAUGAAAAAAUAAUAAUAAUAAAAAUAAUUAUGUAAAAUUAUAAUUAAAAAUAAUAAUAAUCAUCAUAAUACUAAAAAUAACGUAAAUAAUAAUAAAAAAUAAUAAUGAUAAAAUUGUAAUAAAAAUAACGAUAAUAAAAAAUAAUAAAAAAAUGAUUUAAAAAAAUAACCAUAACAAGAACAACAAUUAUAAUAAUAAAAAUAACAGUAAUAAUUAUUAUUUUUAUAAUACUACUACUACUACUAAUAAUAAUAAAUAACAAUAAUAAUAAUAAUAAUUAUUAUUAUUAUUAUUGUUAUUAUUUUUAUUAUUAUUAUUAAAAAAGAUAAACUUUUUUAAAAACAGGUAAACAAAAGGAGAAAAUGAAUCUCUUAGUAUUGAUAUAAAUUAAAUAUAUGUAAUUAAAAAAAAAGUAUAUUAUGUUUUUGAAGCAUCAUAAGUUGUGAAUAAAUAUUAAUUGUGCUAUGUACAUAACUGUAAAUUUUUCAUUCUGAAUGAUAUCUUUAGGUUCAGAUCAAAAAGUUUGAAAAAGUUUGAAAAUCAGUAGAACACCAUAAUGAAAAACUUUAUUACAUGUAUCUGAUCUUAAAAUAUUUUUUAUUGUCUCUAGGGUCCUGACUUUUGCAUAUCACAUGAGGACUUUUUGCGUCAAGUUCUUCCUUCUCUCGAUGACUGGGACACUGUUCUUCUCAUCUACACACACUCUGGUGAGAGUACGGCACUUUUUUUCUCAGAGUUUGAUCAGAUCAGUAUCUGACUUGAAAGCUUCCCCCUGCAGACAGUGUCAGCGAAGUGGCAAAGUUGGCGCUCAGAGUGAGAGGAAAGACCUCAAACAUCCAUGCUGUGUAUCAUCAGGUUGAUGGAGACACCGCAGCUGCUGUACAACAAGUAAAGUUAUUCCUCUUCCUGUCUAGCUGUCUCCAUGCCUGUUAGCUGAUUACUUACAGUCUGCAUUGUCUUCUUUUUUUCUUAGAGUGACGUCAAUAAGCUGUGUUCAUCUUCACUAAAGAUCACUUGGCCGUCAUCUGCUCCAGAGAGUUUUCUCCGCAUGGUACAGUCCACACACACAUGCUCACAUUCUCGGGUAUAAACACACACAUGCAUAUUGAUUCAGUGACUCAGUGGAGCAUGAGGAAAAACAGUUUUGCCUCAUUUACUCUAUUUGUCUUUGUCUUCGACUGCUUUCAACAGAACAUUUUACAGAGCUAUAAAGAAACAAGUGCACUCUGCAGAGCGAGUGUGCCUCGCUAAACGGAAAAAUGCUCAUUUUGUUUUUAUUGAUUUUCACUUUUUUCUUAUGCCUAACGUUCUGGAGGUCUCAAUUUAAAUUGGAGGUCAUGUUUUCUGUGAUUUCCUCCCAGUCUGGCUUACGUACUGCACAGGAAGGAAAAUCAAUCAAUCUUUCUCUUUCUCUCUCAGCAGUGGGAGCUGUCCACUAAGCUGCUGCUGAAUGCUGUGAGUACUGGAGCUCACAUCCUGAAGGGGAAGAUUUACCAGAAUCACAUGAUCGAUGUGCAGGUCACCAACAGCAAACUCUACUGCAGGGCCUUGAGAUUACUCCAGGUAUUUUAAAUCGCUUCUUUAAAGGGGAAACUGUUGAAGUUAGACAUAAACAUGCAGGUGAAUCGAAGAAGUGUUUGCUUCCUGAUGUUCAAAUCCAGUAAAGAAAGAUUUUUUUUUCCUGAUGUUUUACACUAUAAAAAAAGAAAUGUUAAAUGUCAAAAGUGACCCAGUUUUUCCACUAUAGAGAUACCAACAAGAGUUUAGCCUCUGGUGCUGCUGGUUUCAAGACCUGGCAAAGUAAUUUGUCUCAGACUUUAGAUGUUCUGGCGUAAAUUUAAUUUAGGGUCAAACACAUGAAGAGUUAGACACCCCCUCAAGAGAUGAAUUUUGCCAACAGCUUGCUUCUCUAGUUAUACCAACUUUAGUAACGACCGCACAAUAGCAAUACACAGCGGUCUGAGGAGCCGUAAACAAACCUCAACCAGAACACCACUCUAUAGACACAAAUAAUGCUCAGAACAGCACCUAACUUCAUCAACAGUACAUAUAGGGUCCCAGCCAAAGCACUAGCCAUCAAACAUCUUUUUAACUUUGCCUAAUUUCUUUAGCAAAGAGACUAAACACAACUCACCUACUCUCUUCCAGCAGCCACUUGUUUGUAGUGAGACCCAAUCCAUUAUGAACUACAGGGGGGUGACACAGCUCAAGGAAGAACAUUUAUGAUCAUCAUUUUGUCAUUUCCUUGAAGUAAUAAUCACCAUAUUAAUCAUUUUGCACUGCAGACACGGUAGUUCUUCUACCUUAGCAUCACGGUCUGAUUGUAUUUCCAUACAGAAAUGAUCAUAAAUGUUCUUCCUUGAGCUGCGUCACCCCAUAGCAGUCGGUAAUGGACUCGUCUAAGCUCUGCCUACAAACUAGCGGGUGCUGGAAGAGAGUAGGUGAGUUGUGUUUAGUCUCUUUGCUAAAGAAAUCAGGCAAGAUUAAAAAGAUGUUUGGUGGUUAGUACUAUGGCUGGGACUCUAUAUGUACUGUUGAUGAAGUUAGGUGCUGUUCUGAGCAUUAUUUGUGGCGUUUUGGUUGAGGUUUGUUCAUGGCUCCUUAGACCGCUGUGUAUUGCUAUCGAGCUGUCGUUACUAAAGUUGGUAUAACUAGAGAAGCAAGCAGUCUGCAACAUUCAUCUCUCGAGGGGGUGUCUGACUCAGUGUUACAAUGUGUUUGAUCCUAAAUUAAUUUUACGCCCAUAUAUCCCUUUAAUUUGUCACUUUCUCAUUUUCCAGAAGCUGUCUGGUUGCACCGAAUCCAAGUGUGAAGAAGCUCUCCUCAGGGCGAUUUACAACUCUGACACGCUUACAGCAGAGAUCACAUCCUCUGACGUCGGCUCACACACUCAAACCGCCAGAAACAGAACCGAGGUGAGAAGGCGGCAGGUGCAUGAAAACGAACAAGGUGUAACAGCUGUGUGGGUGGUUGCAGAUGUUUAUUCCCUCUUUUUCUGCAGGUGGUGCCUCUAGCUCUGGUGUGCUUGCUGACUGGAUGCUCGCUGCAGGAGGCAGAGUCUCAUUUGAGGCGACAUGUGAUUGUAAGAGAGGCUGUGGCGGCGCACAUGUCGUAA